GGAAACUGCUAGGUGGUUUCCCAUCGGCUUCCUUUCAGCGGGCACAGGCAGGCAGAGGGGUGAAAGGUCAUAAAUAUGGCGCUGGCCUCCCGUCUGCUACUCAGUCCGCUGUUUACUGGGUCCUUUCCCGGCGGGCUUAUCCGACUCCGGGCACCCGGUGCGGCCGAAGUGAGGCUGCGGUUGGCCGGGCUUUGUUACUUCUGCAGCCGCCGCCUAGGCUCCGGAUUGGCGCCGUUUCCUCGCAGCACUUGGAACUUGGAGGCCCUGGUGCUGCCUUCUCGGGGCCGCCGGCGACCCCUGCUCAGCUCCCCGAGACUCCCCGCAGCCCUUGCUGCUUACCCUGUUUGCUCUCGGCGCGACUACAGCACGGAGGAGCAGCCCCAGCAACGCCAGAAAACCAAGAUGAUCAUUCUGGGAUUCUCCAACCCCAUCAACUGGGUUCGGACUCGAAUUUAUGCAUUCCUUAUCUGGGCCUAUUUCGACAAGGAGUUCAGCAUCGCAGAAUUCUCUGAGGGGGCGAAGCAGGCUUUUGCUCAUGUAUCCAAGUUGUUGUCACAGUGUAAAUUUGAUCUAUUGGAAGAACUUGUGGCCAAAGAGGUGCUUCAUGUAUUAAAAGAAAAGGUUUCUUCACUGCCUGAUAACCAUAAAAAUGCUCUUGCUGCUGACAUAGAUGAAAUUGUCUAUACAUCAACAGGAGACAUCUCCAUUUACUAUGAUGAGAAAGGAAGGAAGUUCGUUAACAUCCUGAUGUGCUUUUGGUAUCUAACCAGUGCCAACAUCCCCAGUGAAACUUUGAGUGGAGCCAGUGUAUUCCAGGUUAAAUUGGGGGAUCAGAACGUGGAGACUAAACAGCUUCUUAGUGCAAGCUAUGAAUUUCAGAGGGAGUUUACACAAGGAGUAAAGCCUGACUGGACCAUUGCACGGAUUGAACACUCAAAGUUACUAGAAUAAUCUUUCUUGGAAAAAAUCAGCUUAUGGACUUUUAGCAACUGCUAUAAAGAACUAAGGAAGAAAAAGUUUGGAUCUGAUUUCACUUAAUCAAGUGUGUGGAUUACUUUUGUAUUAUUUUGAAAUACUCCUUGCAGUAUAUUGACAUGAUACAAUAAAGCAUUUUCCACAGAUUGUUAUCACCUUCUUCAAAAGAGGUCAAAGUGAAAAAAAUCACAACACAUUAUUAGUGUCAUAUUUAAUAUCAUUUCUGACUCUACAUCUCUACAAACUAAUAGACAGGAUAAGUUACUAAAAACAAACUACUUAGCAAUUUCUAAAUUAAGAGUCCUUAAAUAAGCUAUUAUGGCCAACACAUUUAUACCAUAAUCCAACAGUAUGUAAAAUUUAUUUUUUAAAAGCACUGCUAGUAUUUGUUACUUUCUGGUCUCUAGCUAGAUAGGAAGGAUGGAUGGAUUUAUAGCAAAUUGUCCUUUCCAGAACUGAAGUAGGGAACUUGAAGCAUACCAAGGCACUUUGAGGAAAAAAAGAAAAAAUAGAACAAUGCCUCAGCCACCUGUGGUUGGUCUAGCAUUCUUGUAUUUGGAGUCCUGGAAGUUCGAGUAGGGAGACAAAAAUGACUGAAAUUUUCCUUAAUUGAUAAAAACUAUAAGCCCAGAGUCAAGAAAUUCAACAAGCAAACUAAAACUUAAAACAAAGAAACCUCAUCAAGUACAUCAAAAUGAAAUUAUUGAAAGCAAGCAAAACAAAAUUGUAAAAGCAGAUGGAAAGGUGGGGGAAAAAGACAUUUCAUACAGAGGAAUCAAGAUAAGAAUGUCUACAUAUUCCUGCAAGUGAGAGACCUCCAUGUAAUAAGUGCUGAGAGAAAAACAAAAACCCCUGCUGUCCCAGAAUUCUUUGUUUAGAAAAAUAUUCUUCACAAUUAAAGGUGAGAUUUUUCAGAGAGAAAAUGUGAGAGAAUUUGUUAGCAAUAGAUACAUUCUGUAAGAAUUCUUAGGACCCAUGGACAAUAUGGAGUUCAGAAAUUGAUCUGUGUGUAUAUGGACAAUUGGUUUUUGAUAAAAAUGCCAAAGUAAUUCAAUAAAUAAAAGAUGGUCUUUUCAACAAACAGAA